AUGAUUUUUAGAAAUAGUUUAUUAAAGAAUAAUGUUAGAUAUUUUUCAACUGCAUCAGGUUCACCAGUUUUUGAAUUAAUUACAUACAAACCAACAAAUAAAACCAAUUUUAUUAAACAAUUAAAAGGAUUAAAUUCAAAAUUAUCAAGCGAUAAUGGCAAUCAAUCACCAUUAAUUAAUGUUUGGGAAACUGAUUUAGGAUCUAAAUUUAAUGAUGAAGUUAUUUGUUUUUUAAAAUUCAGCAAUAAUGAAGAAAGAUUAAAAACAAUUCAAUCAUUUGAAAAUACAUUUAAAGAUCAAAAAACAGCAAUCACUUUAGACGAGUUCCAAUGGGCUAAAUUUUCAGGUAUUUCAAAGGAUCAAUUAAAAGAAAAUAAAGUUUGGGAGUUAAGAACCUAUCAAACCAAACCAGGUAAAAUCGAUCAAUGGGAAAAAGACUUUACCAAAGGUUUCAAUGAAAGAAAAACUCUUUCAGGUCCAGUUGGUGUAUGGAAUGGUAAUUUAGAAGAUUCAAAAGCAGUAGUCCACUUAUGGCCAUAUAAAAGUUUCGAACACAGAAUGAGUGUAAGAAAUGCCGCUUUAAAAAUGCCAAUUUGGUUAGAAACUGUUAAAAAUACAACAGCAAGUUUAACAAGUAUGGAAAGUAAAGUAAUUCUUCCAAUUAACUUAUAA